CCCCAGUGGUAGCCAACAUGUUCAUGGAACAUUUCGAGGAGACGGCUCUCCAGUCAGCAACCCACAAACCCAAAGUGUGGCUUAGAUAUGUGGACGACACUUUUGUGGUUUGGCAACACGGUGCUGAGGAAACUAGCAAUUUCUUACAGCACCUCAACUCUCAACACGAGUGUAUCAAGUUCACCAUGGAAAUGGAGAAUGAGGGGUCUAUCCCCUUUCUUGAUACAAAGAUUACGAGGACGGCACAGGGAUCCCUAUCCCAUCAGGUUUAUCGGAAACCUACUCACACUGAUCGGUACUUGAACUAUCGUUCAUUCCACCACCCAUCAGUGCUGAGAUCCAUCAACAAGACGUUAGUCAAACGAGCGCAUGAGGUUAGUGACCAGAUCCACCUGAGAGGUGAGCUUGAGCAUAUCAAACGUGUUUUGAAAUGUAACAACUACCCCUCACAUAAGAUCUGCACUGAGCUUCCCCCCUCGCGGAACCCUCGUGCAGGACAACCCAAGGCGAGAGUCGUUCUUCCAUAUCUGGGAGCAGCCUCUCACAAAAUUCAGAGGAUUUUGAGAGAAGCCGACAUUGAGGUUCGUCAUAGUUCCUCAAAUAAGCUUCAAUCUGCCCUCACUACACAUAAGGACAAGCGCAACUCCAAGGACCUCCCUGGAGUUUACCGAAUUCCUUGUGAAUGCGGUAAAGUUUACAUCGGAGAGACGGGUCGUUCCUUCAACACUCGGAUUAAGGAACACAAGGCCCAUGGUAGGAGAGACGAGAGGGAAAAAUCUGCAAUCAUCGAUCAUGCCCAUACGCAUGAUCACCGGAUUCUUUGGGAUGAGAGUAGACUGGUCACCCGUGUCCCCUACUGGUAUCAACGGAGAGUCAGAGAAGCGUUGGAGAUUGAGGAACAUAACACUGUUCCUCAAGACAGCGGCCUCCAACUCAGCAAUAUCUGGCUUACCGUUCUAGACAAAGAGGCUAAUUUGCCUAAUUAGCCUACCCGGACGUUCCACACACGUGUGAGCACUGCAGUGUAUGGGCGGAAGUGGUGACUUUUGUCAUUCAUGCUAAUCCUAGCGGGAAUGAUAACUGACAGCAAUUUCCGGUCGUCGCUGGUUUUGCGCGCCCAAUUUGUGUGUUGUCACCCACGUCCGCAUAUGUGGAUGUCAUGUGACCUAUCUAGCCAAUCAGAGACAUGUACCCUGCGAGAUACCGUGCAUACGGCACUUCGACAGAGUAUAUAAGGCCUGCUUUUACAAACUUUGCUCAUUCUCCUGAGGACGACAAGAACACACUUGUCGAAACGUCGAGAUUGGGUGGUCCUUUUCAGGACCAACAUAUGCCCAAGAAAGAAUACAUGGUGUACCGUGAAACCUA